AUGUGUUGUUGGUGGUAUUCACAGCAGCGUGUAUCUGUUUUAUUACGUGCAUAUCUCUCGUGCUCGGAAGACAUCAGGCACGGAAUACAAAGAGUGGAGGAGGCGAUCGAGGGGUUGGACAUCGGCAUUCUGAUAAACAAUGCGGGGGCGACGUACCGGAGGGCGUCGUAUUUCGACGAAGCAGAGGAAAGGGUGUUGGGGGAGGUGGUGAGGGUGAAUGUGGAGGGAACAAGUUGGAUGAGUAGGGUUGUGAUGAAGGGGAUGGUUGAGAGGGGACGAGGUGCGGUUGUCAAUGUUGGGUCUGGUGCUGCUUGUGUGCUUCCUUCAUUUCCCCUCUACACUGUUUAUUCCGCUACCAAAGCGUAAGUU